AUGCCGUCCAGCGAACAGCUCCCUCUCGUCCCGCGGGACUCGCUCCAGCAGCAGCUGUCGAGCUACCACGAGCAACAGCGGGCGCGUCAACAGACCCGUCAUCGCUCGAAGACCCUGGGGCGUGCCGUCGUGGGUCUCGUUGCCGCGUCGUUGCUCACGCUGUUGCUGGGCGCGCUGGUGUGGCCAACACCGGUACGCCACGAGCGUACACUCGACCAGCAGUCACUGCUGGAAAGGUACGAUCGUGUGCACAACUUCUCAGGAGUCGUGAGAGUGAGUAUCAAUGGACAGGAGAGAAUGCAGCAGGCGAUGGGGCUAGCCAACGUGCCGUACAUGCAGCCCAUUGAGGCACAUAGCGUGUUCCCUAUGGGGACGCACGUGCAGCUGCUUGUGGCAGUUGCGAUGCUGCAAUUGCAAGAGAGAGGACUCGUGGACUUGCGACAGUCAGUGAGUGAGCAUUGGACACAGGAUGAUUGGCAAAAGUUUGGUCUUGACACGAAUCGCACGACGUGGUGCCCGACCGUUGCGACCGAGGCAACGUGUCAGGUCGUGACGUAUCACGACUUGCUCUAUAUGGGCUCCGGCAUUUGUACUUAUCCAAGUGACAAGCUGCUACAAAACAUGGCAUCGCUUGCGACGCGAGUUGGAACGUUCAUUGAUCAACCACUGGCAUUUGAGCCAGGGACGGGCUACCAAUACGCGGAUGACAACUAUGUGCUGCUGGCCUAUAUGGUGGAAAAACUCAGCGGCUUGACUUUGAAGGAUUACUUGGAGACAUACAUUUUUGAACCGUUGGGGUUGGCCAGUACGACAUUUGAUGCAUUUGCGGGAGCUGUGGAUGUGCGACACGCUCUAGUGGAUCAGUACGUGCAGUUCUACACGCACGAACAGCCCCCCGUUAGUGAGAGGGAACGUGCUAGUGGAAACAGAAGCCACAGCAGCAGAAUGUCUGGUGGACCUGAUGGCGUCUCGGUAAAACGCUUGCAUCAUAUGAGCACGGGUUCUUGUGCGGUCUACAAAAGCCUUGAGAACAGUCUAUACGGGCUGCAGUCCACUGCUGAGGACAUGCACAAGAUUUACACCGACCUCUUUCACGAACACGGGCGACAUUCCAAGCUGCUUGAGGUCCAUUCGGUGGCACAUAUGGUGCAAACUCGAAAUCCGUCAUACCCAGCGUUUGGUCUGGGGAUCGGCGUCGACUUUGAGAAGCAGCCAAGAGCAGCUGCGACAGACAAAAGUUGGCCCGCCAAGAUCGCGUUUUGUGGAAGUACAACAUGCUCGACGACGUGUAUGGCGAUGCAGAUGCCUGCCGAUAACUUGUCGAUCGUUGCCAGUGCCUUCACAAAUAAUGUGCGCCUGUUUUUUCAAUUUGCCGACGCGUUUCGUGCGUACAAGCCGCGCGACUUUAUAAAACAACGGGAGUCCACGACAGAGAAGAACGCGUUCGAGAAGAACGACGGUGCGGUCAACACACUGGCGUGGAGCUUGCUGCAAUUUUUCUUACCUGUCUUGACAACACCUGACAACUAA